AGACUGGCAAGUGUGAUGGAUUUGUAAUGACGAGGAGCCUCCUCCCUCUGCACAGCCCAGCGCAUUACUGGGAACACACUGUUCUGCAGUGGAAGAGACGUAGAGCGGAGGACCAGCUCCCCGGUGUGGAGGUCUUCUACGCGGUACUCGAGAAUGGCCGGACUCGGGACAGGGACUCCGCCAUGGCUGCCCGUAUGGAAGAUCCUCCUGUUGUUCUGCACCGUCCAGCUGCAUCUUGCGGAGGCAUUUUGGCUCUUCAAUGUCCUGUUCCCCCCCAGCAUUACUCCGAAAGCCGCGCUGAGCAACGACAGUUCACCCGUGGUGUUAGUACCGGGCUGCUUUGGAAAUCAGCUGGAAGCCAAAGUGAACAAGGAGGAGGUUGUGAGUUGGAUGUGCUCCCGCAAGUCUGACGAUUACUUCACGGUCUGGCUCAAUCUGAACAUGUUCUUGCCGAUAGGAAUAGACUGUUGGGUCGAUAAUAUCAGGGUCAUCUACAACAGGACAACCAGGGUGGCUUCUAACGCCCCAGGGGUUGACAUCCGGGUGCCUGGGUUUGGAAAGACGUUUUCUGUAGAAUAUCUAGAUCGAAGCAAGUUAGCUGGAUAUUUUCACACUCUGGUACAAAACCUGGUGAACAAUGGCUACGUCAGAGACGAGACGGUGCGCGCCGCUCCCUAUGACUGGAGGAUUGCUCCCAAUGGCCAGAAAGAAUACUUCGAGAAACUGAAGCUUCUGGUAGAGGAGAUGCACUCGCAGUACGAGAAGCCCGUCUUCCUGAUCGGCCACAGCAUGGGCAACCUCUAUCUCCUGUACUUCCUCAACCAUCAGCCGGAGCCGUGGAAGAAGAAAUACAUCAAGGGCUUCAUAUCACUGGGAGCACCGUGGGGAGGAGCGGUGAAGCCGCUGCUUGUCUUAAUGUCAGGAGAUAAUCACGGGAUUCCAAUGGUCUCCAACAUUAAGAUUCGAGAAGAACAGCGAAUGACCACAACCAACCCAUGGAUGAUUCCAACAAACCUGGGAUGGCCAGAAUCGCAUGUCUUUAUUUCCACCCCCGCAUAUAACUACACUUACAAGGACUACAAGAAGUUCUUCCAUGAUAUUGACUUUGAAGAUGGCUGGUAUAUGUGGGAAGAUACAAAGGGUCUUGUGGAAGGGCUGCCCCCCCCAGGGGUGGACACAUACUGCAUAUAUGGCGUAGGUCACCCCACAGCUGAGACCUAUGUGUACGGCGAUGGCUUCCCCAACGAGCCCCCUAUAGACAUAAUUUAUUCUGAUGGAGAUGAUACAGUACAUAAGAGAAGUAUGGAACUGUGCAGACGGUGGGAGAAGCAGCAGAAGGAGAAGGUCCAGGUGCUGGAGCUGCAGGGAAUGCACCAUCUCAGCAUGGUCUUCAGCAACGAUACAUUAAAUGUUAUUAACGACAUCCUAAUGGGGAAAGAUCUCUAGACUACUGAUAUCAUGAGAUGGACUUUUCAGCAAGUGCCGACCCCCUGUAUAUGUGCCUGUUAAUAAAGGGGUUAUCCUAUGAAUAAUGUAAAAAAAUUAAAAUCAUAUCAUAUAGUA